UACGCGUACGUUCACUUUGUUUUCACCAGUACAUCGGGAAAUAUGGAAGGGCUACCGGCUGAGCUGUCAGGUUGGGAACGCUAUCAUCAAGAAGGCUUUAAAGAGAAGCUUACGAGGAAGGUUAAAGAGAACCCAUUUAUUCCUAUUGGUAUGCUGGCAACGACCACUGCAUUAACAUGGGGCCUUGUACAGUUCAGAAAAGGAAACACUAGAAACUCACAGAUGAUGAUGAGAAUGCGUAUAGGUGCACAAGGAUUUACAGUAAUAGCUCUGAUCAUGGGCAUAGCACUAGGAGCUUCUAAAGGACCUGGCCAGAUAAAAAAGUGAAACAACAUACAGACAAUAUAUACUCCUCUCUGUGUAAUUACUAAUUUAUUGCUGUUAAUGAAAUGAUGUGACAUGAUGUGAACAUCUCAUCCUAUCCACGCAAGAACAGUCAAGUAUGAUUUGUCAUGCAUUUUUGUUCCCAGGAAUCAGAAAUCUGAAAUAAUGUUUUUUAGUGUGGUCAACAGUAAUUUCUUUUUACUACAGUACCAGUUUUUCUGACUGACAAUUCCUGUAAUUUUAAUUAAACCACCACAACAAUAGGAUUCUACAUGUACUAGCAUUUGCAUGAAAUUACCGGGUAAGCAUGCAUUUGGCAGCGUCUUCUCAAUGUAAAAACCAAUCUCAUUAAAAUCUGCUUUAUGUCGAGGCUCUAGCUGCUCUUAAUUUUGGAUACUGGUGUACAUCGCCUUUAACUACAUCGGUCCAACUAGUCAUGUUCUAGGAGCUUUCCUCUGAUGAGAUUUGUCAACCAAUUAGAAUCUGAGUGUGUCUUGCUAGAAACCCUAAGUGUAUUAUCAGUUUUGAUUGAUUGUUGGACCAGCAAGAACUGAACACAACUUGCAUAGAGCUUUGGGCGAUGUACACCAGUGAUGGACAUUUAACCUCUACUUACAUCAGAUUUUAAUCAGAUUAAGUAAACACUGGUCCUGAGAUCAUUCAAAUGUUCAGAAAUUCAUUCUAUUAGUUCAUAACUUGUUAAAACAAUACCAUUCUUAGGUUGUGUGUCCAUUUUUCUGUCCCAAUUUCUGCUUUGGCCAAAAAAAAAAUAGUUUUGCUUAUUGUCAUUGUGUGUUUGACUGUCAAUUUGAAACCUGACCUCAUGCAUUUUCUUUAAUAGUAGAGUCUUUCACAUAUAGAAUGGGUAAAUGUUUUGUUUCGGGGGAUGUUUUGUUGCUCCAAAUCAAGCUUUAACGCAUGUAUUCAAGAGUAUUAUGGAAUAAAUGUUUA